CGUGUCCGGAGCGUGUCCGAGACGUGUCCGGAGCGUGUCCGGAGCAUCUCGGGGCGACCCGAGGCUUUCCCGGUGCCGGUGCAUCCCGGCCAUGCAGCGGGAGCUGGGCACGCUGCCGCUGGCCCCCGCCCUGCGCGCCCGCCUCGCCGCCGCCGGAUUCCAGACGGCGCAGGAGCUGCUGGACACCGGGCCCUGCGGCCUGAGCAAAGAAAUUGGAAUCUCCAGGGAAGAGGCGCUGGAAGCGCUGCAGGUGGUGAGGCAGGAAUGUGACGGCAAUGCAGCAAGGCCAGCUGGGGGACCAGGUGCCACCAGGAAGUUCACAGCCCUGGAGCUUCUGGAAGAAGAGCAAACCCAGGGUUUCAUCAUCACCUUCUGCUCAGCACUGGACAACAUCCUGGGAGGUGGGGUGCAGCUGACAAAAAUCACCGAGAUCUGCGGAGCACCCGGUGUUGGCAAAACGCAGCUGUGCAUGCAGCUGGCAGUGGAUGUGCAGAUCCCCGAGUGCUUUGGGGGCGUUGCUGGAGAAGCUGUGUUCAUUGACACUGAAGGAAGUUUUAUGGUGGACAGAGUGGUGGACAUUGCAGCUGCCUGUGUGCAGCACUGCCACCUUAUUGCUGAGGCUCAGCAAGAAGAGGAUCAUCAGAAAGCUUUGGAGACUUUCUCUCUGGAAAAUAUCCUCUCUCACAUCUAUUACUUCCGUUGUCGUGACUACACAGAGCUGCUGGCCCAGGUCUACCUCCUGCCAGAAUUCCUGGCAGAGCAUUCCAAGGUCCGGCUGGUGGUGAUUGAUGGAAUUGCCUUUCCCUUUCGCCAUGACUUUGAGGAUCUGUCCCUGCGCACGAGGCUGCUGAACGGGCUGGCACAGCAGCUCAUCAUCAUAGCCAACGACCACAAGGCAGCUGUGGUUCUGACAAACCAAAUGACAACAAGGAUUGGACAAAGCCAGUCCACACUGGUACCUGCUUUAGGAGAAAGCUGGGGCCACGCUGCCACCGUCCGUUUAAUCCUGCACUGGGACAACAGUCAGAGGUUGGCCACGUUGUACAAAUCACCGAGUCAGAAGGAAUCCACCAUAGCCUAUCACAUCACAUGCCAUGGCUUCCGAGAUGUGCAGCCUGCAGCUGUCACUGACAGCCCAGAGGGGACUGAGGGCAACCCCCGCAAACGGCCACGGACAGAGGAGGGGAAGCAGCAGUGAUCCCAAAGUGCAGUGCUGAAACCUGAGAGCAAUGGCAAAACCUGCAGGAGAGCAAUGGCAAAACCUGAGAGCAAUGGCAAAACCUGAGAGCAAUGGCAAAACCUGAGAGCAAUGGUAAAACGUGCAGGAGACCGAUGGCAAAACCUGAGAGCAAUGGCAAAACCUGAGAGCAAUGGUAAAACCUGAGAGCAAUGGCAAAACCUGAGAGCAAUGGCAAAACCUGAGAGCAAUGGCAAAACCUGGGAGCAAUGGCAAAACCUGCAGGAGAGCAGGGCCAGAGUGAACCUGCAGCCAAAGGCAGCCUGGGACUCUCUCAACUUCAGUUCCUGCUCAGGACUUUGUUUUAAUGUUGAGACUGCAAUGUGCAAAUUUCUGUGGCACAAAAUUCCUUUUGUGUGUAGCAUAAUUGUACUUUUAUAAUAAAAAUCUAUGUUUUCUAUAA